AUAACUCCCACACUCUCCGCCUCGCUCCUACUCUCGUUGAAGUACUAUUUGUUUUUACGAUUCUAUUUAUUUCUUCCAAGUUUCAAGAACCGAUGCCUCCGAUUCUGCUUCCUCCCCGGUUGAUUGCGUUUGGUGAAGAACCUCGCGGCGAGAGGGUUAAUGUUUAUCAUAAGAUGAAAACUCUCUGCGUUAUCUGCAACGCCCUCGACGAUGGUGAAAGGGAUUACCUUUCUAGACAGUUGGAGGUGGCGAAGCCAAACGAGAUCUGGGUGCUUUUCGCGGGUAUUCCUAUUCGUUUUUCUCUGAGAGAGUUCAAGAUUGUUACUGGUUUACCUUGUGGGAAGUAUCCGAGUUUGAAGAAGAAGAAGAAGAAAGGCACUGCGGGGAAGACGAUUCCUUUUUACAGUAAGUUGUUUGGGCUUGAAGAAGAUGUAACCGUGGAGAGGGUUAUUACGAUGUUGAAGAAAAGGAUUGUUUCUGAUCCUGAUAUGAGGAUCAGAUGUGCUUGCUUAGCUAUCGUCGAUGGUUUCCUUGUACCUACCUCUCAUUAUCCUAAGAUUGUUAAGGCUCACGCUGAAAUGGUUGAGGACGUGGAUGCUUUUCUCGCUUAUCCCUGGGGGCGUCUCUCUUUCGAGAUGAUGAUGAAGUCGAUAAAAGAGAGGGAAAUUGAACAAUUAGCAAUUACUUGUUUCAGCGUUCAGGGGUUGCUAUACGCUCUGCAAUUGGUUGUCUUACAGGCAGCUCCAUCUAUUCAAGAAGGUCCUGUAAUUGAAGAGACCAUUGAUUCUGAACCUGAAGGCGACGAAGUCGAUGUUGAAGAGGCCCCUCGAGAGUCUGUCCCUUUCAAGCUAGGGAAUGCUAAAGAGUUGGAUAAGAAAUGCUCGAUUCUUGUUGAUUCCAUUAUUUGUCCUGAUUUGGUGUUGGAUCCGGAGGAAGAUUUGUCUUGGUCUGAUGAUGAAGAAGAUGAGAAGGUUGAUAAUAUUCUAAUGUUUGUUGAAGAAGGUCUAAUUUUCAAGAAUGACAUGUUUGAUGGUGGAUGUAUCCCAUCCCAGAUGCAAUUGCCUUCCAAAAAACAAAAGCGUGGUGGUAAAUUGAAUGGUAGUCGUACCAGGAAAGCUCCCAAACUAUCUAAGAACGGUGGGGUUAGGGGGAAACAUCAGAGACCCAUCCCUGAGGAAGGCGGGAGUCCAGAGGUUGUUUCUUUGGAAUCUAUUUCUCGCUUGUUGGACUCCAAACUUGAUGCUCAGGGGAAAAAAAUCAUCGCCGCUGUGACUGAUUGGUUCACAAAAAACACUGUUAUUGAAGGCGAAACCUCGAAAGAGCCUGUCAGUGGUUCUAGUCGUCGUAAGAAGGCCGCCAACAAUGGUGACCAUGGUGUUUCAAAUUCUGAUGAUCUGGAUUCCAACGGUGGUAAUGAUGAUUUUGGUUUUGAUACCCAACGCCCCUCCCGUGCCAAUGCUCGGUCUCAUAACCGCGAAAGAACUUCUAAUGUCGAGGCCAGUGUGGAUGAAAUUUUAUCUUUCUACUCUGGGAAGGUGUCCACUGGUGUUGGUUGCAAGGAAGCGGUGGGGGUGAACGUUGUUCCAAUGGAUGAAGACAUUCCCACUGCAGGCGAUGUUGUCCAUGAUUCCCAGGGCGUUAACAAUGUUACAGCUGAAGUAAUCCCACCCCCAAAAUCUGUUGCUGAAGAUAACUCCGAGAUGAAAGAUCCUUCCUCUCAAGCCGGCCUGAUCGCUGAUCCGCAGGGGGCUAACAAUGUGUCAGUUGUUGUUGACACCUCUCCCCAAGCUGUUGGCGGUGUUGAACCCCCUCUUCAAGUUGGUGGUGAAGAUAAUUCAGAGGGUGCUAACAAUGAUUCUGUCGACGUCCUCCUCUCUAAAGGAGUUCGCGCUGAGACUGUUUCAGUAAAUGAAUCCAUUGUAACUCCCAACGAAACGAUCGUUAACGAAGAGGGACAUGUUCAUUGCUCUCAGUCGACAGGUGGUGUUGUGGCCCCCCUGCCAAAUGCUGUAGAGGAAAGCCAGGGUGUUGCUUCGUCGGAUGAUGGUAAUGAUGGCGAGGAGACGUCUGGGGAGAUUCCGGAUAUCUCGUCUCGACCUCAAGUUGUGUGUGGGCUUGUUGGUGAUGGGAAAAUUAGUGGUGAACCUCUCGGUGUGUCUAUGGCUGUUUCAGACACCAAUGACCGUGCUGCUCUGCCUUCUGAUGGUGGUUUUGUGGGUGAUGGGAAGGCGGUUGAUAUCCCUGUGGGUGUUUCUAUGGAUAUGACAGGAACUAAAGAUCUGGCUGUUGGCAGGGGCGCCCCUUCUGUUGUUUCAUCACCCCGCCAGGUUGAUUCAGACGAGGAUGAUGGUAAUGCAAAUAAUGUGGAUGGAAUGCUUGGUAGAAGAAGUAAAAGGCUCCGUACCCUUUCUAGCAAGCUUGAUGGUCGAUUCCAGUAUGAUAAGAAAACGAAGUUUUCUAUUAGUUUUUGUGGUGGUGUCGCUCUCUCUAAUAAAGAUAUUUUGGAUUUAAUUGACCGGAAGAAACAUCUUUCAAAUAAGGUUAUGGAUGCUCUCCUAAAGUUUAGUCGUCAUUUGUUGAGGACUGAUGAUGCUGAUGGUGAGAAACUUCGUGUUGAAGUCCUUGAUACAAAGUUUGUUUCAUUAUUCUGCCGUCAAUUCCCUAAGUUUUCCCGAUGCCCCUCCAAAACGGACUUCCAAUUCUCAGCGCCUCUAAUUGAUCUCCUUUCUGGCGUUGGGGAAUCUGACCGUGUCCAGUUAUUCACAAAGGCUGAUUUCCUGUACCUGCCUUUUAACUUUGACAAAAAGCAUUGGGUAGCUUUAGCUGUUGAUCUUAACUGCCGGAAGAUCAUUGUCUUAGAUUCGAAUAUUCAACGCCGCAGAGAUUCUGCGAUUCAGGAUGAGCUUAUGCCUCUUGCAGUAAUGCUGCCAUACCUUUUCAAACAGGCUACUUUCAAUCCUCUUAUGAGUAACUGUCUGCCGAAUCCAUUUUCUGUAGAGCGCUCUCUUGUCAUUCCCCAGGUUGUUUCACCCCUUGAUUCCGGCAUCUUCUCUAUAUUCCUGAUCCAUACUCAUGCUACCGGGGGUGUAACUGAAUGUGUGGAUUUCGAGAUUGGUGGCCUUCAAAGUGAAGUGAAAAAGUUAGUCUCCGCUUUAAUUCUUGCUGGCGGGUUCUGGGUCUGCGAAGAGCUUCCUAAUUCCCAAGCAACAAUGUCUUCAUCAGCUUCUUCAGGAGUGAGCAAUAGUCUUUCUGUCGGAGGAAGUGGAAUCCCAAAACAAUGUAGCUGUGGUAAAUUCGCUGUGAUUAAGACUUCAAACACCGUGAAAAAUCCUGGAAGACUCUUUUAUUGUUGUCCUAGCGGAUCGGAAGAGAAUAAGAAUCAUUUGUUUAAGUGGACCGACAUAUCCAUGGUUGAAGAGAUGGAAGAGGUUGAAAGUAUGGUUGAGAAGAUUGAAGGAGAUGUGGGAAACUUAGCAAAAGCAUUACAUGAUCUUGCAGCUAUCAAAGAAUGCGCAGAAAGGUGUGAGAAAGAGAUUGUGUAUCUCAAAGGUGUUGUCAGUUUGUGUGAGAAAGAGAUCCAAGAGCUACGGAGCUUCAAAAAUAUGAUUGUGUGUGGUGGUUUGGUCAUGGCUGGUGUCUACUAUUUCUUCUUUGCAUAACAGUUCUAUUCCUGUAGUUUGUGUAAAUUUGUAUUGUUGUUUAUGAGAUUGUCUUGUAUUUGGUUAUGAAAAGUAUGUACUAGGAAUUAUGUCGUUUGUAACAGAUAACAAUUUAUCGCGAUACUGUUGUUAUCUGAUCGUGUUAUUAGUUUUGACUCUUUUGCAAAACCACAGAGGGAAUAUAGUUUGUAAUUGAGUUAGGCUUUACCUAAUGUAUUGUUGUUUAUGAGAUUGUCUUGUAUUGGUUUAUGAGAAGUAUGUACUGGGAAUUAGAUGGUUUGUAACAGAUAACAGUUUAUCGCGAUACUGUUGUUAUCUGAUCGUGUUAUUAGUUUUCACUAUUUUGCAAAAACACAGAGGGAAUAUAGGUUGUAAUUGAGU